AUGGGAUGCACGUUGCGAACUCCGGUCGUCAAGAACCGUGACAAAGCAUUAGUAGCGAGCGCAUGGAGGAAAAGAGAUGGUCUCUGUAUAUGCGAGAGAGCGGUAGAGAGAUUUGAGGAUUGGUGGUUGAAGGUAUUGUGUGAGCAAGAGAAUGCCACUAGGUUGCGGCGAAACUACAUGAAGGCUCACACGGGCUUCAUCGAUUUUCCGAAGAAGGGUGUAGCUAAGGUUUGGAGCACGUCAAUGUUGCCCCCCAUAGAUGUUCUCAUGGUAUGGCAUUCAUUGAUGCUCAACCCUCGAAACUACCUGGAAGACUGUAUGCGUUUUGGUUUGAAAGAUUUAUGGGCAACAGGCAUGCCCUGGCAUGCUGUUGAUGCAGCUAUUGAUACUAGCUUCGAUUAUCAAGUAACAGAAGCAGCCAAAGAAAGAUUCACGAAUGCCACAGGGCAUCAUUGGAGCAAUGCCAAUGAUCAUGCAGCAAAGACACUAAUUUGCCCGCGGUGUUUCCAGGUAUUGGAAAUUCCAUGGACUACAUGCGCUGCAAAUGAAAAGCCAUCACUGCAAGAAAUUAUGGACAUGAAUGGUACAGGUUAUGGAGAUCGAGAUUUUUCACACAUUUGCCACAAAUGUGGUGGUCAGAUCGAUCACGAUCUAUUGCGAGUUGCCAAGUUUAAGAGAGAGGUCGAAAAUCUGAUCAUGGAGAGACUCUCUCUAGGGGGAACAAAUUCUAUCUCCGAGUUACUGGCAUUCCGGAUGCCCCAGAUCCAAAAUCUGGUUCCUUGCACCAAAAUGCAUUCCCCAAUCCCUACAAAAAAGCCCGCUAUGACUGAUGUUAGGGAUCUUAUCGAGGGAGUAUUCAGAAGUAAAUCAGCCCUAAAGAAAAUCAACAAUGGGAGGAGCACUUUGCUACGAGCAGAGUGCCUUUCAGUUCGAACGAUGAUGUCGAGAUAUUGGCAAAAUUCUUCAAUAUUCGCGCUUGAAACUUGGAGGGCUGUAAUUCGUCAGAGUGUGUUUGUCGAUAGAAUGGCAAGUCUUGACUGGCUUCGUUCCCCGGCUGCUCGAGAGACGAUGGGUCGAUUACUUACAAAGUAUGAAAGAUUCAUUGAAAUUAUGCGUCUCCAUCCAAAAGAGGUUUGUGUUCCAACCUUGGAUGUUGAUUUGGCAUGGCAUACUCAUCAAUUAUCGCCAAAACAAUACUACGAGUAUACGUUCUCAAAAUGCCUGAAAUUCAUCGACCAUGAUGAUAAGAUGGAAGAAGAUGCUCUCUCUACUGCCUUCGAAUGGACAACCAUUCGCUCCAAGCAUAUUGAUUCGUCAAGCCGUGUAUUCGGAACCUCCAAGCACGAAAAGGUUCUGGACGCUUUCUAUACAUCUGGAGCAGCAGGACAAAAGAUGAUUAGGUAUACCACGGCUUGGGGUUAUCCAUAUAUGAUGUAUGGACCGUACAUGAGUCCGAUGUACGCCGGUGCUCCGAUUUACUAUGCAGGGGAUCCGUGCGCGAUGCCUGUUGGUGUGGGUAUGGCCGGAGCGUGUGCAGCAGGAUCUUGUGGAGGUACUGUUGCAGCUGGUGGAUGUGGCGGCGCUGGUGGAUGUGGUGGAGGUGGUGGAGGUGGUGGUGCAGGUGGUGCAAUAGGAGGUAGUGGCGGAUGUGGAGGUGGCGGAAGUGGCGGAGGAGGCGGGGGUUGCGGUGGAGGGGGUGGUGGUUGUGGCGGUGGCGGUGGAGGGUGUUAA